AUGAGAAUUAGCCAAUUUAUUGAUCCUUAUGAAACAUUCUUAUCUCCACAACUUGUGUCCUACGGAAGUCCGAGUAGUCCGCGCCGAAGCCGCCUCGGCUCGCCUUCUCACUAUGCAUCUGGUCCGGGCGGAGGGGGCCUUAGCGGUUCCGGGAUUAGUGGAGGAGGCAGCAGUGGCCUCGGCCUUGGCGCUGGCGGAGUGGCUGGGACCAGCUUCCUAGAUAAGCUUAAUACUCUGGCGCGUGCUCGGAAAAAGCGUCAGGAAGCUGAGGAGCUGGCAGCUGAGGCACGCCAGGCUAUGGAAGAUCCUCUACAUCCGGUGCUACCGGACGUAGGACCAGGUGGAUAUCAGUUAGCUGAAGGCGAGGAGCGUUCAAUGAUCGAACCAUACUCUAAAGUAAGCUUGCAUUCGCUAGUAACUCACUUCAAUUUUUCACCUUUUCUGUUAUACGUUUUGACGAUUACUUCCUGA